GAUCUGCGACGGCAUUGAGAGAUCAAAUAUAGCAUGCUUAGGCCCUACUCUAGUCUGACGAUUUUCCGCGCAGUACAUGUAUCCGCAGCGGCCGGCCGACCUUGCGUAGAGCUCUAUUUGCUAUUUCGCCUUGCACCGUAGCCUACAUGCUUGUGUAGUAUACUGUGAUCACUCCACAGGCGCCCCCAUAGCCGUCGUCCACCCCCCCGUUUGUUCCGUCUCCAGGUCCUGAGGUGUCUUCCAUAAUGGGUGACAAGAAGAAGUCGAGCCACCGGCUCUCGAGCCUGUUCUCCCUGGGCGGGAGUUCUUCAGAGCCUCAUCAGAGCAACUCUACGGCUUCGUCGGAAUCCAGCGGUCGCCUUAGCAAAGUGAAGACCCGCAUCUCCUCAGCAGCCUCCGCGUCGACGCAGCAGUCUGCGACACACCUCACAGCACCCGAAUACCCGCCGCCGUCCCCGCAGCGCCGCCAGUCACCCCCAAAUCUGCUGACCAUCCAGCCUGUGGGCUCACCAGCCCUCGAGCCUCUCGAACCCCCUCCACACCUCGAUGUGGCGUCGCGCAGCUCGUCCCCUGGUGGCUUUGGCAGCCGGCCAGGCACACCAAACCUCGGAGUAGAAAACGAAGGGAAACUGAGGAAACUCAGGCGGAAGAGCGGACUGUUCGGAAGCAGCAAUGGCAGCUCAGUCGACCUCAGCCGCGCAGGCGGAGCGAACAGUCCGCUUGCGUGGAUUGUUGGGCACAAGGGUAAGGUGCCGUACAAUCUGACGAUGCUGUUGAACGGCGAGAAGGUGCCAGAACUGUGGGACGACCAAGGUGACACAUUUGUUUACCUCUUUCCACGGACUUCGGGCAAGGGUCCUUCGUUCAAGAUCGACUCCUCUGUAUACGCAGCUUCGGAACCGCUCACCCGCCUCGUGCACGGAACCCUCUACAGCGACGAUGUUGUCGCAUCACCACACGAGGUACCAGUGCGCAGCUCGCGCCCGGUCUCUACUGAGGGAGGGCAAGAGAUGUCGCGCACCGCCUCUCCAGACCAGAGUCAAAUAGACGGUUCAGACGGAUCGAAGGGAUCGAGAGCACUCAGCGAUGCAACCGAGGACGACCACACCGAGAGGCACAUGUACAUGCCGAUUGCGCUGAGCUCGGACGACGCCAUCACUCCACAUGAGCCACGUCUGACACUGAAGGACACCGACAUCUUGGUGACCUACCGCAACUUCUUCGCUUUCCUUGUAGGCCAGUCGCUCGUUGCAACACCCCAACAUUCGGACAUGUUUGAUAUUUUCCUGCGCAUCGCCGACAUCCUGAACCACUAUGCCUUCUCCAAUGUCGACGGAUCCACUUUUGGUGAGGUCGCUGCUUCAAGCUUUGACGCUUACGUGGAUGAGCUGAACAUGGCGGAUGUCAGACAGAGCCGCGAGAAGACGAUCGAAGCCAUUGUGCUCGGCGAGACGAUGCGCUCCAUGAGACUCUACACCGAAGGCUUUGUGCACGCAGUUGGCAAGUACGACGACGUGAAGAGCCUAGACUCACCCAAAUGGCACAUGAUCAGUCCGAAGACAGGCACUCGCAUGGCACGAGCAGCUCUGGACUUGGACAACCGCGAGAACAACAUCAACCUCAAGCUGAAAGACUUUGAGUUUGCCGCAAUUUUCUCCGGAAUUAUGAACAGUGCCAUGGCGGCGGAGGGCAAGAUGAUCGGCUUCAAGAGGUGGCGGUCUGCCUUCAUGAGCACAAGGAGCUGGAUGAUUGAUUACUACAAACACAAGUAUGGCUCGUGGCUACCGAAAGCUCGAAACAAGAAGAACAACCUCACGACCAAUGGCCUCAACCGGCUGGUCUUGCGAGACAUGUACUGCGACCUCUCCAGUCUGUACGACUUGCUCGUCGACCGCAAGGAUUUGACAAAUAGGACCGCUGAUGGGUUCCUAGUGGAGGACGAGGGCAUGGGUUUUGUAGCUGUCAACGCCCGUGCUAUGCGCAAGACGCUCAGCGAGUACGAUCGAAGCACGCCGCCUGUGCAGCCACCGAUUCCGUUCGACCUGCCUUUGUAUCCUACUCUCAACGGCAUUCGUCCUGAUUAUCCCACUGGCGACGACAAGAAGGACGCCAAAACGCGAGGUAAGAAGCUCAAGAGCGACGAACUCAUGAAGAUGCUGCAAAAUGCGACCAAUGCGGAUGCGCGUCAGAUGACACCGUUCUUGGAGGCAUUCCUCACUUUCGAGAAGAAGCAGGCGUCGGGAUCAAACAUGGAUGAGCUGUGGGAGCUUCGAAGCGGACAGUGGCUGUUUGUCUACGCAGUGCUCCAAUCACUGCCCAUGCUGGUAGUCGACGCACCUGGUGUACGUUUUACUGAGGGGGUUGAGUACUUCCUGUGCGAGGUCCCGCGCAGUGGUAUCCCCUGGGUCCGUGAUGACACAACCAGAGCGCGAACAUGGUUUGGUGUUCAGGGUGGUGCUCAGGUCGUCAGCCUGCCAACUGACAUUGUCGAGCACGGUGUCGAGGGUGUGUUCAGGCGCUCCCAUUGUUGGAAGAGGGCGCAGGAGUGGGCUGCGAAAGACACACUGCUCAACGCAGCUAUGCAAGAGCUCAACGGUACCGCUGCACCGCUACCUCAACCGCCUAGCAUGCUGGACCCGUCGUCAGCGCAGCUGCGACCUCGAUCGCAGAGCCCUCGCGACCAGAACAAUCGCAACAGCGUCAUGAACCUGGGGCUCGAGGCUUUACCUCUGCCACCUGGCAUCUCACCGCCAACUGCACCAGUCAACCGACCGCAGUCGAGCAGCGACCCCAGCAGAACCUUUGACGCUAUCCUGGGAACGCCACCGCCCAAUCCCAAGGACAAGAAGAAGAAAAGAUGAUCGAUUUACUGAUACGACAUUUACGGCCCGGGCUGCGAAAACUGUGUGGCUUUGUUCUUCCAUUUUGUCUUCGCGUAUACCUGCAUCUACCGCCUUACAUGGCAUCGUCUUCAGAUUUUUAGCGACAUUGCAUUGAGUGCGCCAUAUAGACGCGCGUGAAUUUGAAGAGGAAAGAAUAAUAUCACUGUGCCUUUGAAAGAAAACACUGCAGCAAGCUUG